AUGGUAUUCUCCGUCUUUAUAGAUGGCCCUUUCGGUGCACCAGCUCAAAAUUACAAGAAAUACGACAUUCUUUUGCUUAUCGGGCUUGGAAUCGGUGCAACUCCUUUCAUCAGCAUACUGAAGGAUCUCCUGCACAACCUGAAGUCCAGUCAAGACGAGGAGUCAGGCAGCACCUUUAAGAGCAAUGGUCCAAGCCGAGCUUACUUCUACUGGGUUACUAGGGAACAGGGCUCCUUUGAAUGGUUCAAAGGUGUCAUGAAUGAAGUUGCUGAAAGCGAUCGCGAUAAUGCCAUAGAGAUGCACAACUACCUGACCAGUGUGUACGAGGAAGGCGAUGCAAGGUCAGCUCUGAUUGCCAUGGUUCAAUCCCUCCAACACGCAAAAGACGGUGUGGACAUCGUAUCCGGCAGAAAGAUCCGGACACAUUUCGCAAGGCCCAACUGGAGAAAGGUGUACUCUGAUUUGGCCAAUACCCACAAGAACGCUUGUAUAGGUGUUUUCUACUGUGGAUCUCCAACACUCACAAAAACACUCAAGGACCUUGCAGUAGAAUUCAGCCACACAACAACAACGCGGUUCCAUUUCCACAAGGAGAACUUCUAAGGUCAGGCCAGAAAGGAAUUUGGUAGCGUCCUAGCAUCAUGUAGCAGCUCUAGCUCUGCGAGUGUCGUCGGGAGCUGGGGCACAUAUUGGUGUACAAAGUGCAAAGAGUUUUCAAAAAGUAUGUGGCAUUAGUUAGUGCUGCUUCCGUCCAUAGAUAGGAGGAGGAAAUUCAUGUAUUCUUAUUUUUUUCAUCAGUGAGAUUGCUUCUAGAAUAAGUCAGAACUUGAACUUGA